CUGGCCAUGUUCUCCCUUGCUCGCACAGCGCAGGCCAGAGCCGCCGGCUCUUCAAGAGCAAAAGCUCAUGCUGCUGCUGCUCCUCACGUCAUCCGCACUGCUCACACCCAAACCCGACUGGCAUCAUCAUCAUCGCCGUCAUCAUCAUCCCUCUCCGACAAGAAACUCACUCAGAAACAACAGCAACCCCAAAACGAGUCCCCAAACUCGUCUUCCAUCCGCGCCCCCGUGACGGUGGCCUGGACGGACAAGUUCCUCUACGUGGAGGAUCCCGCCAAGGGAGACGGCAGGCGAACGCUCAAGCCGGCGACGCUCCGCGACAGCUGCUCCUGUCCGCGCUGCAGAGACCCGUCGUCCGGCCAGAAGACGUUUUCGUCCGUCGAGGUCCCCGUGGACAUUGGCCUGGAAGACGUCAAGCCUACGAAGAAGGGGCUGGAAGUCACCUUCUUGCGCGACAUUCCUCGCUUCACCACCGAGCAAGAUGAACAUGCCAACGAAAAGAAGCACAUGAUGCUCCUCCCCUGGGAGUCGGUCGACAUGGCCCUCAAGCGCAAGACAAUGGAAGACAUCACCCUCCCCCGGCAGCGCUCCAUCUUCCGCCGCACGGGCGUCGCGUACUGGGACCGCCAGGUCAUCGCCAACCGCAUCCGCCACAUCGACUACGCAGCCUUCAUGCAGGAAGAUGCCGACAAUCCCGCCUUCUGGGACGUCGUCAUCGACCUCUGCCGCCUCGGCAUCGUCUUCCUCAAAAACGUCCCCCGCGACGAAUCCUCCGUCGAGAACAUCACCUCCCGCAUCGCCAACAUCAAGGAGACCUUCUACGGCCGCACCUUUGACGUGCGCGCCAAGCCCGACGCCGAAAACGUCGCCUACACAAACGGCUUCCUCGGCCUGCACCAGGACCUGCUGUACCUCGACCCGCCGCCCAUGAUCCAGGUGCUGCACUGCAUGGACGCGUCGCGCGCGGGCGGCGAGUCGCUCUUCAGCGACGGCGAGCGCGUCGGCCGCCUCCUCUGGCCGUACGUCGCGCGGCACCGCGUCGCGCCCCUGGCGGAGCACCACGUGCCGUACCAGUACUCCAAGCACGGCUUCCACUACUUUUCCUCGCGCCGCGUGCUCGAGGGCAACGCCGCGGGCUUCACAAACGUCUUCUGGUCGCCCCCGUUCCAGGGCCGGUACAUGGCGCCCGUCAAGGACAUUCGCGGCUGGAUCCGCCCCGCGCGCGUCUUCUCGGAGCUCAUCAACCACCCGGACGCCGUGUACGAGCACAAGAUGGAGCCGGGGGAGUGCGUCCUGUUCGACAACCUGCGCGUGCUGCACGGCCGGAACGCGUUUGACAAGACGAGCUCCAACGGUGGCGGCGGCGAGAGAUGGCUCAGGGGCGCGUACAUUGCCGCCGAGGACUUCCUUUCGAGGGCGGCGCAUAUACCCAAGGGGUUGGCGGAAAAGUAUCGCGGCGAGGUGCCGUGGACGCCGGGGUUGGCGCAGCAGGCGCUGAGGAGGUCGGUCUGGCACGAGGAUGUUGUGAGGAGGCUCAAGGAGCUUGAUCCUGGUAUCGAGGCUUGA